CAUGGAAAGUCGUGUGCUCUUGUUCUUCAUAAUUUCAUCUGCUACUUGAAGACAGAUGAGUGCAGCGUGAUGUUAGCUGCUCUGCAGGGGAAAGCUACCUCUCCUACACACUUGAAUCCGUACUCUGGUCUGAGCAAUCCUCGGUUCACAGCGCGGUGUAGCCACAUCCAGUCAUGCAUUGACCUUCUGCCGCUCAAGGAUCUGCACGAGUUCUUCCCUCACCUGUUGGCCAAUGUCUUUGGCUACGACCACAGCCAGGGCUGGCAGCUCCGUGGCUUCAAUGCCAAGCUACACUCUGACUUCCCCACUUUGCUGAAUUUCUUCUCUCCUGACGGUCACAUCUUCCGCUUGAUGGGGAAACUGGAGUCAACCAACUCUCUCUACGAAUUCCCUAUAUCCUGCCUCCCUACCCCCACGCAGCUGUCUCUGACUGAGGGUCAUGUUCCUCAUCUCUAUCACGACAAAGUUGAUCAUAUCUCACCCACCAAACUCCAUCUCACGGCAUUUGAAUAUUACAUCUUUCAUUUUGCUUACUACUUAAUUUUUCAGCAGACCAAACCUCAGCCUGCCCCAACUGCCACUCCACUUCAAGACUGUAUCUACUCCCAUCUCCUGGACGUCUACCUCAACCACUUCCUCCCACCUCUGGGGACACUCCCUCCAGCUCUGAUGAUGACCUCAAAACAACAGGGUUCACCCCAUCACCAUGGGUAUACCCCUCCAGGUUAUAUAUCCUGCCAUCCUGGAGAACUCAGGGCUGGAGGAGGCACCGAGGCCCAUGCAGAAGAGAGGGAAGCUCCAUUAGUACAGGCGGAGGUCUUGGUACAAGUUCUGGUGGAAUUCUGGCUCAACCAGAACAAGUAUAAUGGACGCCAUGGAGAUAUCCUUGCCCAGGCACAGAAUCGGUUUGUUCCAAAUGAAGAGCACCUCCUCCUCACGCGUCGACUUGUCAGACAUGUCCACUACUUCACCAAUGGUUCUGCCUCGGGCUCUCCCUACAAUUUUCUCAACCCCCUCACUGACGACUUCCGGAGGAGCAUCAUUCCAACUUUCAUCCACAAGAGGUUGUACUAUUUCUUGCGAUACUCUUUCAGACAUUUGCCUCUGGACAACACCUUCAGAUAUGUCCUAGAGCUCUGGCUGACGUACAUCCAGCCAUGGAGGUACACUGACCCUCUGAGGCCGUCCUCUGAGAAUAAAGAGAGUCUUGAGUCUCUCCCCAGGAGAUGGAAAGCGUUUGUUUUGGACAACUUUCCAUUCUACUCAACUCUGCUUACGGAAAUCAUUGGGCGGAGCUUCCAGAUGGAUCUGACCUCUGACCCUGGAAUAGUCCUCCUCUAUAGAGUUACUAAGGUUUUUACUCAGCCUGGACUGAUGGACUACAUAAAUUAUGGGGAGUGUCUUCUGGUGGACUCUGACCUCUCCUACUCCAGUCCGGGAAACACUCCGGCAGUGGACGCCUGUUCCCUGAAGGCCCUGUUCAUGGAGUUGGAUGGUCCUCUCUUCACCUACCAGCCUCUCCUCCAGGACAACAACACUCUCUCUGCUGUGCAAUUGCUUGUGGAAAAGGUUCAGGAAGCUCGAGGAAUGUUGUCAAGUCGUCUCAACUCCUCUGAAAACUUAUGUCUCUCCCAGCAGCAGUCCUCCCCUCCUCCUCCCCCCCUCACUCCCAUCACUCCCACCUCCCCUGUCAUCAACCCCUCCAACAGGUGGUGGAAGUCAGUAGGAGGACUGUUCAGUGUUGAUGGUGGUUCUUCUCCUGCUCCUUCUCCUCCUUCUCAUCCCACGUCUGACCUCGGGAAACUGCAGUCUCUUCUGGAGACAACUCAGACCAACCUCAUCACCAUGUUUGGAAUUUCAUCUCCUCCGAAGCUGUCACCAACUGACUCCAGUCCCCAGUGGCACCAGACCACACCCCCUUCCCUCUCUCCUCUCAGACUAGCCUACUCUACUACUGCUGCUGCUGGCCACACCCCUUUUCCAGAAACCCCAAAGUCAUUAGAACCUGAGUAUGUGAGGGGUACAGCACAAUUAACCCCCAGAGGAAAGAUGCAGCUGAUCCAGGGAUCACGUAAGAGUUCCAACCUGAAAGUGCCAUACCUGGGAGACCCUCUCCUCCAGCCAGUCAGGUCAUAUGAGAACACCACUCUCGUCAGAGUCCUGCACAGCUGUUCCCUCUACCUCAACGAACGGUUUGCCAGGCAGCUGCAAUCAAUUGGUGUCAGCAAUAGUUUCUUGAGUGGUGUGGCUAAACAGUUACUCUCUCCUCCUCUCUCUCCUCCCUUCACCCACCCACCUAGUACCAGUGACAUUCCUCGCACUCCAAAGAGCAAAGUCACGCGUGUCCUCACUACUCCUCACUCUCCCUCCCUUGCCACCGCCAGUCCUCGUUUCAACCUCCGCCCGCUUGCCUCGUACUAUACCAUCUCCUGUGUCAGUGUCGGUCUCUCCCUUCUCUGGCUCCUACUGCUGCCUCUAUGGUUUCUCCUGGUUAUAAUGCUGGUUCUUCUCGUUGCUGUGCCGUGUGCAUUUGCCAGGGGACCUCACAAAAAGACCCUCUGAUCUACACUGCUGAAUGCUGAACAUGAACAUUUCCUAAUACUAACUCUAUAUUGUGAAUAUGACUUUCUUUUACAUUACAUUAGGAAAAAACCUAACUUCAAAACCGUGUGG